AUGAAGAUAUUCUCUUUUUUGAGGAUUUAUGAUGGCUUCAGUUUCUUGGUUUAAAUGCUAGCUGGUGUAUUUAAGGACCUCAAAUACUUUUUGAUAUUCUUUCUUAUUUUCAUUAUUCAGUUUGGAAUAAUUUUCUUAGUCCUUUUUAAGGCUAAGGAGAUUGAUGAAUACAAUGGCAUGAACAAAUUGGCGUAUUUUUUAAUGGCAUUUAGAAUUUCAUCUGGUGAUUUCUAACUUGAUGACUUCCAUAGUUAAGAAAAUGGUUUAGUAGUACUUACAUGGCUGAUCUGGUUGGUAGCAGUUAUGACUUUAUAUAUCGUUUUCAUGAACUUCAUAAUUACUGUUAUUUCAGAAUCCUAUGAAAGAGUGAUGCAGAAACUAGUUUUGGAAUCCUAUAUUCUCAAAGCAAAUAUGAUUUUUGAAAGGGAACAAUUUUUUACUAAAGAUGAUUUUAAAAACACAAAAUAUUUCCCAAGUUAUAUUGUUGUCAGAAGACCAUUGAAUGCAACGAUAAAGGAAGAUGGGGAAUGGCAAGGAUUUAUUAAAGACCUGAAGAACACAAUAAGGACAACAGCUGUAAAAUCUAAAGCUGAUAUUAUUCAAAAUUCUAACUUGAUAAAUCAGGAACUAUCUUAAAUUUUGGAUGAAAAAAUUACUAGAUUAAAUUAGAAGCAUGAUCUAACAUAGGAAAAUAGCAAAUAAUUAGAUGAUCAAGUAAAAGGACUUGAUUUACAAGGUAAAGGACUUGAUGCACAAGUAAAAGGACUUAAUGCUAAUGUUCUUAAAAUUCAAAAAGACAUGGAAUUCAUUAAGUCCUCCUUAAGCUAAAUACUUCAAAAUUAAAAUCAGUUACCAAGAAUUGAAUUUUGA